GUGCUCUUACUGUCUUUGUGAAUCAAACACACAAGAAAACUCUCAUUGCCCGCAGCGAAAAUCUGAAAAUAAACUAACAUCCACGUAUAGAUUUGUCUCACUCCGUCACGGGACCGUUUUUGUUUUUCCCAAUCUACUUCUUUCUCUUACUAUUAUUGAUCUCUCUCUCUCUCUCUAUCUAUAUAGAGAUACAGUAACGUUCUGGAUUCACGUUGUCCGCGUUGGGGCUCGAUGAAAAGUCGUAACUGCGUGACUUUCCCUCUCUUUUUUUUUUUGUGUUCCACCAACAUCACCGUUUUUUUUCCUCUAGUUUACUGCUUUAAGAAAACAAAUUUCCCUCGUUUGAUAUUUUGAACCCCAGGCAACUGCAUGCAUUGUCGAAACCUGUUAACGUAGAUCGGACACCUAUUUAUUUCAUACACACACACAUAAUCGGCGGCGCACGGCAGCCAGCUACGGUUUGGAGCGCGUCGUCAUCUUGACGCUGAAGCCUGACAAACCGGUGCGUUUUUCAGCGUCGCUUCCGUUCACCUUCAGGCGGUAGCCAAAAGGAAGGGUGAGAGAACAGAAGUAGCAGCAACGGAAACGGGUUCCUUGAAAGUGAAGAGCGAACGUUGCCGCGUUGCAAGAGGGAGGAAAGCCUUAUAUCUAUAUCUAUACCGUUUUAUUACCCCGGAAGACUUCUGCGGAGGGGUUCUUAUACAGCUCCCCUUAGCACAAUUGAAAAGGAAGAGAAAGUAAAAGAAAAAUACGAAGCCUCUCAUGCCUACCAAAAAGAACACCUACGACGUCUCCACCACGGUGGAGGCGCUCAACACGAGUUUCCUGUUCGGCCCCGACUGCCACAUCGACCGCGUGAUGCCCGACGGCGCGCGUGAGCUGAUUCGCGGCGUCGUCGGGAACUCCCGUGUGACGGCCGUGAAUGGUCAGGUGGUGGCCGGCAGCGGGGACCUGAAGGAGGCGUUGCUGGCGGCGGUUGCACGGCACAGCGGCGAGGCGGCGGGCAGUGCGAAGACGCCCGGGCUGCCGGACUUCUCGGAGACCCCGAUCGUCGUGACGUUCGAGCGGGCCGACGAGAGCGCACCGAAGAUUGCAAUCGAGGACAGCGUUCUUUGCAACGGCGCCGUCAGCAAGGUCGCCUCCCCCAACCCGGCCGCGGUCGAGGAGCUGCUGAGCGAGAUGAAGCCGCCCUCCGCCAACGACCCGCCCCCGCCGCAUAUCGACAUCGACGCCGAGCUCCGUGGCUCCUUCCGCCGCAGUAUGAUCGGUCAUCCCUCCGGCACCCCCGCCCCGACGAGCUCCCCUACCACCUCUCGAAAUCAAACCAGCGCGACGAGCUCCUUGGGCACCAGCGCAGCCACUGCCGGCGCGCGGAAGGAGCCCCUGGCGGCGCCCCGUAAGACAUCUGGGGGCAGCGCGGUGCAGCCCGCUGCUCGCCGUCUCUGUUCACCGCCGCCGCCGGCUGCUUCGACAUCCCACCACGGCCACCACGCGCGGAACUCUUCGUCGGACCUGGAGGAGGCGGAGACGCACUCCGAGGCCUCCUCGAGCGACUUCGACACUGUGCGCAUUUACAAUUUGCGUGAGUCGCCCGGGCCGGAGCAGACGGCGGCGCCCCCUUCCAACACGGCACACCCCGGAGAAUCGCCCACACCGGGUCUGCUCGAGUUUGAGAAGAUGAAGCUCUCAAUGCGCGGCGAUGACCUGCGCGGUCUCCUCCCCACCGCCAGUUCGAACCUGCAAACCACAAACGACGUGGCGGAGUUGACGCUGAAGGGCCGCAUCAAGCGUGCCCUGGACCGCGUGCAGCUGGGCAGCUGCGUCAUCUGCGUUACGCAGGACGUAAACCCUAUUGCUGAAAUUGAGCUGCUCGCCAUGGCGCAGCAGAAGCGUGUGGUUGCCAUAGACCUGAGCGUAAAGCUGCGACUUCGCCCGAAGCCGGAGGUGUUGGCGGUGCAGUUUGCUGAGGCCAUGCGGUCUGGUGCGUGGUUUGUGAUGGUCAACGCGCACAAAUCGAUCAGUACCUGCCUCGUCUUUCAGGAGCUCCUCGAGGAUGCGCACGAGCACAAGCUCGAAGGCUUCGACCCCAACGCGCGCAUCAUCAUCUCCCUCGAGCCCCACCCGCACUUCCCAAAAGGGCUGGCACACAACGCCAUCAUACUCAAACUCGUCUCCGCCUUCCACGGCUCCUCCAUCUUGUCGGACUCGAUGGCCGCCUCCAUCUCCCGCACGCGCCUCGUGACGGCGGACGCGAUGACGCAGUCGCAGAUCUACGGCCGCAGCGUGCGCAACUCCGUCACCACACCGGUGCCGUCCACAUCCGUGCAGAAGCCCGGAAAGAAACACGUGCGCAUUAGCGCGGCGGUCGAAAUUGUGGACAUCGCACCGCGCGAGGUCGUCAAGCUGUCGAAGCGCGACUGCCCGAUCGACGUCAGCGGCAGCGUGGCCCUCUUCAAGACGUUCAGCGGCGUCGACAACGACAAGUUUCUCUGCGUGCAGUCUGCCGGGGAGCCGGGCCGCUUCGCGGUGGGCUCGUCUUGCGGUAACGUCUACUUUCUGGACUCGCUUGGCAACUCGCUGCUGCAGGCCCACGCGCACAACGCCUCCAUCUGGGAUGUCAGCUUCAACGACAAGUUCCACUUCGCCACCGGGUGCGAGGAUGGCACGUCGGCGGCGUGGAAACUUGGAGCUACCCCCUCCGGCGACGCUGCGAACGACGCCGUGCUCGUGCCGACCGCCGCGACCUCACUCGGUUCCGAUGUGUACUGCGUGUGCUACCUGAAGAACAUGAAUCCUUCACCGCUGCUCAUCGGCGGUCUGCACAGCAGUCUCGUCAUCCGCGACGCGGGGAGCGACGCCGUGCAUCUCGUGCCGAUCCCCUCCAACGCGCAGGUGGUGGACUGCCUGCCGUCGUCGGCGACUGCCCUCGUCGGCGGAGGGGACGGUUCCGUCUGCGUGAUUGAUGUCGCGACGACCAAGCCGCUGGGCACGCUGGUCGACCACACCCGCAAGCUGCCCGCCCUCGCCGUGCGCGAUGACAAUCAGUUCUUUACCGGUUCCUUCGACAGCAGCAUCUUGUCGUGGGAUCUGCGGGUACCGGGUGGGGUGACGUCCUCCGUGCAGACCGGCGCAGCGGGAUCGUCGGUUGUGACGGAGUUGUCGGCGCACACGAUGCACACGCUGAAGCUGAAGAAUUACGUGACCGGCUUAGAUAUCGACGAUGUGCACCUUGCCGCUAAUGUAGGUGAGAAUUUGUACCUGUGGGAUGUGCGCAAGCUGCAGACGGUUCUGGGAGGGUUCCCGCAGGGCUGGAAAGGGCUGUCGCGCGGCAUCAAGGUGCAGAGCUCGGCGCACUUGAUUGUGACUGCGUCUCCCGAUGGCUUUGUGCGCUUCUGGAACUUCGUGUAG